AUGGGCAAGGCUACCACCCCGACCGACCGCCAGUCGCGGAGACACAACCCUUUGCAGGAUGAUAUCCUUGCUACGGGUCCCUUGAAGAACAAGGCGCCCAAGAGAAAGAAGGGCAAGAACUCGGACGAAGAAGACAAUGGCGAAGGCUUCGUCGAUGCGACACGGAGUCGCACCAUUCUCAAGCUAGGCCGAGAGCUUGCCGAGGAGGACGGCUCUGCGAAGCCUCAAGCCGCCGCGAAACCCACUGUCGACCUUUUUGGAAUCGAGUCGAGAUACGGCACCGAUGUUGGCGACGAACAGGCGUACGACGAUGAGGACGCCUGGGGUGAAGAGGACGAAGUUGUUGAGGAGAUCGAGAUCGACCCCGAAGACCUCGAGACAUACCGCAAAUUCUUGCCCGAGGCCGAAGAUGACCCUGCGGCAAUGCUGAACCAGCACGGCUGGGGUAGCAAGGGUCCCGACGACGAGAUGGCUGGCGGUGGCACCAACUUGACGGAACUCAUCCUGGAGAAGAUUGCGGCGCACGAGGCUGCCGAGGCCCGGAAAGCAGCGGGCGUCCCCGUUCGUGAUGAGGAAUAUGAGCUUCCCCCGAAGGUCGUUGAAGUAUACACAAAGGUUGGAUUUAUUCUGUCGCGAUACAAGAGCGGCCCCCUGCCAAAACCCUUCAAAAUUUUGCCGACUCUGCCUCAUUGGGAGGAUAUCAUUGAGGUUACGGAACCCCAAAAGUGGACGCCGAAUGCUGUUUACCAAGCGACGAGGAUCUUUUCUGCUUCGAAGCCCAUCGUCUGCCAGAAGUUCAUGGAGCUUGUUGUCCUCGACAAGGUCCGCGAGGAUAUCUACGAGAAUAAGAAGCUGAAUGUGCACUUGUUCGACGCGCUGAAGAAGAGUCUUUACAAGCCCCGAGCUUUCUUCCUUGGCUUCUUGUUCCCCCUUCUUUCCAGCGGCUGCACAAUCCGUGAGGCGCAAAUUGUUUCCGCUGUGCUCGUCAGAGUGUCAGUGCCAGUACUUCAUUCCGCUGCGGCUUUGAAGGGUAUCACCGAGAUUGCUGCUCAGGAAGCUUCGGCGGGCACCGAGGGCGGUGGUGCGGCCAACAUCUUCAUCAAGGCCCUGCUGGAGAAGAAGUACGCCCUUCCGUACCAGGUCAUCGACUCGCUCGUCUUCCAUUUCCUGCGAUUCAGAAGUGUGGACCCUGCAUCCAUCAAGGAGGGUCAGUCUUUCUCUGGAGACAUGGUCAAGUCGCUGCCCGUUGUCUUCCACCAAAAUCUUCUGGCAUUCGCCCAGAGAUACAGAAACGACUUGAGCGAGGACCAGCGAGAGGCGCUGUUGGACUUGCUGUUGACCCACGGCCACCACUCUAUUGCGCCUGAAAUUAGGCGAGAGUUGCUGGCUGGCAGAGGAAAGGGAGUGGCUGUUGAGCAGCAGAGUGCCGCAUUCGACGGUGAUGAUACGAUGCUCGUGGAUUGA